CACUGCAUUGGCUCACAAGGUUUGCGAUGGAUGAGAUGCCUAUUCCUUAUCGCCUUGGCAUUCUGCUUCGCGGGUUGGGCGUGGUGUUGCUUUCCUUCUCCACUCAUCUUGUUCUUGUUUCCCUUUCCUCUUCAUAUUCCUUCCUAUUCCUCCGGCCCCCUCUUCCUCCGUUCUCUUCCCCUUCUUUCACAUAGAUGCCUCGCCACCCCUCUGUCGACCCCCCGCCUUCCGCCUUCGGUCCGCUCCCUUCCCUGGCUUCCCUCCCUUCCGAUUCCAUACAAGGCGGCGUCGCUCCUUGGGCGACACAAGACCCGUCUACAGGCUUUGCAGAACAAAGGGACGUCUCCGAUACACCUCUGCGGCAAGGAUGUCCACCAUUGGUCUUUGGAGGAGGAGUAUUUGGAGAGGGCAUGUACAAUGACGACGAGUUUACAAAGACAGAGAUGCCUGCGCGGAUCGUCCGCCUGGCAUUCCGUUACGGCAUUAAUGCGAUCGACACAUCUCCCUACUACUACCCUUCUGAAUUCAUCCUAGGUCGAUGUCUCUCGCUUCUUGCCGAAGAACAUCCUCGCUCGACCUACUACCUCUGUACAAAAGCAGGCCGUUAUGGACCCAAUUUGUGCGACUUCGACUAUUCGCCCCAGAAGAUCAGGUCCAGCGUCGAGGCUAGCCUGAGAAGGUUGAACACCGACUACCUGGAUCUCGUCUAUCUGCACGAUUCAGAAUUCGUGGCAGAGCAGGUGGGCGAGGGGCAGCAGGCAGGUAUGGCUGCAAAGUUGGCCUCUCAGGAUGACCCAGAAGGUCAAGAAGCCAGGCGGUCACUGGGCCUCGCGCCAGGAGACGAGUCCAAGAUUCACGGUCCAGGGGACGAGACGAUCCUCGCAGCAGUAGCAACUCUCUUUGCGCUCAAAGACGAGGGCAAGAUCAGGAGCGUCGGCAUCAGCGGAUACCCUCUCCCCGCACUGCUGAGAAUCAGCAGGCUCGUGGCCAGUCGAGCCCCUUACAGAGCACUGGAUGCCAUCCUAUCCUACUCGAAUCACACCCUGCACUCAGAUCUCCUCCCGGCCUAUGUUCGGCUGUUCAAUCAGCCGCCUACCAUCGUCUGCAACGGCAAAGGACAAACAGAGAAGUCCAUGAUGAAUGGUGAAUGGACACCGCCACUAGUCUUGAAUGGUUCCCCCUUCUCAAUGGGUCUCCUGACCGAUGCCGGCCCGCCAAGCUGGCAUCCCGCCUCGGCUGAGCUGAAGCAAGCUUGCAAAGACGCAGCAGAAGAGCUUCACCUUCAGAAGGACGGCGAUGAUGAGAGCACAUUGGCUAUCACUGCGCUCACGUACGGCAUUCGCGGCGCUGAGCUUGCGGCUCGGAACCGGCAAGGGCCAGCCUUGCGGACUUUGUUGGGCAUGAGUACGCCCGAGCAGGUGCACUCCGCCGUCGAUGCCUAUCGUGUGCUUCUUGCCGGAGUGUUCUCAGUGCAUCAGAAUGGAAACGGACACUCGAUCAAUGGCAGCGUCCUCAAGGACAGCAGCAGGGUGAACGGCAGCGCUGCGAACGGCCACGCCAAAGAAGCUCCCACGCCCUUUGUUGAACUAGACCAACAAGCGAAGAAAGACCAAGAAAGACUCAGGAGGCGUUAUCAACAACAGGUCCGCAACGAGGAGAUCGUGCUGCAAAAGAUCGACUCGGUUGGGAAGCGCGGCUGGAGCUGGGCCAGCCCUGGAGAAGACGCAUAGAUGCAUGAAAGUGUAGAGAGUGAAGCUUUUGGGAGAGAAGAGCUGCAAUGAGAAUGCAUCCCUUGUACUUUAAUAAGAUUACCAUGAUAUUUAGACCAGUACCCCAC